CGCGAGAAAAGGCGACCAUCAACACAACACAACACGACAGUUGUCAAAGUCAGAUAAGGUAGCUAGCAAACUAGCUGAUUAAUUUAGCAACAAAACUGUAUUUGCAAUUUAAGAGUCAUUCAUUUAUAUUUAAUUCAGUUGCUAUUUCUCAUAAAACUAUCCGUGGAUAACACAUUUAAACGGUGGGUGGUGCACAACGACCAACAAGCCUAGCUAACGAGUUGUUAGCCUAGUUGACGUUAACGUUUGAACUGUACAGUAGGCUAGCUAGCUAUGUAUGUAACUAUGUGCUAGCUGUAGUGCUAGCAAAAUGGUCGCAUCCAGGAAAAACGACAGCUCCCAGCAAGAUAGUCAAAACGAGUUUACAUUGAGUAGCGAUCAUCAACUAUUUAUCAUUGGUUUUAAAAUAGUAUUAUGUUGGCAGAUACUUGUAAAUUAGAUAUUCGGAGCCCGAUGAUGAGUUACGCUGAAAAACCCGAGGACAUCACUAAAGACGAGUGGAUGGACAAACUAAAUAAUGUGCACAUACAGAGGGCCGACAUGAACCGACUCAUUAUGAAUUACCUAGUGACAGAGGGGUUCAAGGAGGCAGCAGAGAAGUUCCGCAUGGAGUCUGGGAUAGAGCCCAGUGUGGACCUGGAUUCUCUGGAUGAGAGAAUAAAGAUCAGGGAGAUGAUUCUGAAGGGACAAAUACAGGAAGCCAUUGCGCUCAUCAACAGCCUACAUCCAGAGUUGCUUGACACCAACCGAUACCUGUAUUUCCAUCUGCAGCAACAGCACUUGAUAGAGUUAAUAAGGCUGCGGGAGACAGAGUCUGCUUUGGAGUUUGCCCAGACACAGCUGGCUGAGCAGGGGGAAGAGAGCAGGGAGUGCCUAACAGAGAUGGAGAGAACAUUGGCUCUUUUGGCUUUUGACAACCCAGAGGAGUCACCCUUUGGAGACCUGCUCAACACAAUGCAGCGACAGAAGGUAUGGAGUGAGGUGAACCAGGCUGUGCUGGACUAUGAGAACCGAGAGUCAACGCCAAAACUGGCCAAACUUCUGAAGCUGUUGUUGUGGGCUCAGAAUGAGCUGGACCAGAAGAAAGUGAAAUAUCCCAAAAUGACUGACCUUAGUAAGGGCACCAUUGAGGAUCCAAAGUGAAAACAGCAAUGACAUGGACACUUCCCUAUCUCCUAUUUAUAAACAGUCAGAGACUGAAUGAUAUUGUUAUAACAUAUAUUAUAUAUAAAACUGAACAAUUUUUUUGAUGUUGCAUAUAUGAGAGGACCUAAUUCAUUGUGCUAACUGUAAAUGGCUGUAUUUUAAAAGUAACAACUGCAAACACAAUUAACAGAUUAUCCACAUUUAUAGACAUUUGGCAUCACAAAUGUCCAUAGUUGGUUUAUAUUUGGUUGCCUGUAAAGCCCGUUUUGGAUACACAUGGAUCACUGUCCCACCCAUCAUGAUGAAUUUAAAUGUUUUUAAUUUUAUUUCUAAGCCUCUAGUUUAUGAUAUAAUUUACAUUUACAGUGUGGACUGUGUUACAUGAAAAUAAUACCUCUUAAAGGAAGAGGGGAACAAUCCUGCAUCACUAAAAUGCUUUUUGAGAGUGCAGAUUACUCCUCACCCUAUCAUAAGCUAUUAAUUGUCAUGUUACAAGUUUGUUGCAAUUUAACUAAUCAUUAUAUAAAGAUAAAUAAGGAUUUUUAUUUUAGUUGGCCGAUUCAUUGUCCCCCCUGUUUUGAGAAGCCUUUUAAGUGAAGCCUGUUUUACUAUCUAAUGAUGGCAUUUCACAUUAAAUGCUAAUUUCUUUCUGUAUUCAGAGAAAGGACAGAUGGCCACCUCCAAAAUUAGUGAGCAGUUUACAUUUUUUGCUGAACAAAGCAUGCAUUGUUAUGUUUUGAAUGGCUUAAGGUUAGUAUGUGCCUAUGCCUUGUGUUGCCAGAGGGUUUUAAUAUUGUUGUUUUUUAACUCGCUGCUAAAUAUCCAUCCUUCCUUUCAUACAAGUUUUUAUUGUAUUAUCCGACAAUGUGAGCAUGCACAAAAUACUAAAGAGCUCCCAUCGUAUUAUUGAUAGUUUUUAAGAUCCUAUUUGCAAUAUUUAAAUAAACAACUCAUUUUAGAGACAA